AUGGCCGAGCCGGGAUCGGGGCCCGGCGGUGCCCGGGACGAGGAGCCGGGCAAGGAGGGAGCGGCGCCGGCCCCCAAGAAGCGGCGGCUGGCGGGCGGCGAGCGGUACGUGCCGCCGCCGCGGAAGCUGAGCACCGGCGUGAGCUUCGGCGCCGAGCACUUCGCCGAGACCUCGUACUACUUCGAGGGCGGGCUGCGCAAAGUGCGCCCCUACUACUUCGACUUCCGCACCUACUGCAAGGGCCGCUGGGUCGGGCGCAGCCUUCUGCACGUCUUCGGGACCGAGUUCCGCGCGCAGCCCCUGGACUUCUACCGCGCCGCCGCCCGGGCCGGCCGCCUGCGCCUCAACGAGGAGCCCGUCCGCGACCUGCACAUCGUGCUCAAGAACAACGACUUCCUCAGGAACACGGUGCACCGGCACGAGCCGCCGGUCACUGCCCAGCCCCUCCGGAUCCUGGCGGAGGACGAGGAGGUGGUGGUGGUGGACAAGCCCUCCUCGCUGCCCGUGCACCCCUGCGGCAGGUUCCGGCACAACACCGUCAUCUUCAUCCUGGGCAAGGAGCACGGGCUGACGGAGCUGCACACCCUGCACCGCCUGGACCGCAUGACCUCGGGCGUCCUCAUGUUCGCCAAGACCGCGGCCGUGUCCAAGAGGAUCGACGAGCAGGUCCGGGAGAGGCAGCUGGAGAAGGAGUACGUCUGCCGGGUGGUGGGGGAGUUCCCAGAGCACGAGGUGGUCUGUGAAGAGCCCAUCCUGGUCGUUUCCUACAAGGUGGGAGUGUGCCGCGUGGAUCCCAAAGGGAAACCCUGCAAAACCAUCUUCCAGAGGCUCAGCUACAACGGGAAGACCAGCGUGGUCAAGUGUCUGCCCCGCACGGGCCGCACGCACCAGAUCCGGGUCCACCUCCAGUAUCUGGGGCACCCCAUCGUCAACGAUCCCAUCUAUAACAUGGAAGCCUGGGGCCCUGACAGGGGGAAGGGCGGGAAGAUCGGGAAAACGGACGAGGAGCUCCUGAAGGCGCUGGUGGAGGAGCAUCGUUCCAAGCAGAGCCUGGAGAUCUUGGGUAUUGCGGAGGAGGACUUGAACUCCGGUGGUGAAAAUAAAGACUGUGGGGAUUCAGGUGACUGCACAAAGUCUGCAGAGGCUGAUCCUAUAAAUGGGAAUUCCUGCCCUGCUGAGGAUGUGAAGGAUCCUGAGAGGGACACAAAGGAUCCUGAGAGGGACACGAAGGAUCCUGAGAGGGACACAAAGGAUCCUGAGAGGGACACAAAGGAUCCUGAGAGGGACACAAAGGAUCCUGAGAGGGGUGCAAAGGAUCCUGAGAGGGACGCAAAGGAUCCUCAGAGGGACGAGAAGGAUCCUGAGAGGAAUGUGAAGGAUCCUGAGAGGAAUGACACAGCAGCUUGUCCACCAAACUCUGAUAUCAACCAGGAAACGCUUGAGAAAGACAAAGAACUCGGUUCAUGUGGGAAUCAGGACGGGCAAACGGGACAGAAGGGUUGGGAAGAGAAGGACCCUUUAUGUGUGGAGUGUAGGAUGAGCAGGCGGGACCCUUCUCCCAAGGAGCUGGUGAUGUUCCUCCACGCCCUGCGCUACAAGGGAGCAGGGUUUGAGUAUUGCUCCGACAUGCCCGAGUGGGCAAGGGAUGACUGGGAGGAAUGACCAAGGAUAUCUUGACACCUAUGGACACUGCUGGCUGGGAAAACGGCUUGGGAAGACCAAAGACUGACUUUUCAAUGUUACUGAGGUGAACAAACUGCCUGGAGCUGGGGUGGGAAGGAUCACUCUGUCCUGACUCCUGACACUGUGGAAAAUGAGCAGGGAAACAGGGCCUGAGGUUUAUGUUGCCCCCCAGUGAUAUGGCACUUGAGGGCAACAAAGACCAAACUCUGCUGGUCACAGGCAGCUUUGCCUUCACCUCAGUGGAUUCUGGAUCGAUUAUCCACAUGGGUAAUGAAGUGCAUGCACUAAAAGUCAAUAACUGGCUUGCCUGCUGGGUUCCUGUGUCUUAAAAUACGAGCUGCUGGAUGUCAUAUCAUAAACCCCCCUAUUUUUA